AUGACUGGGAGUAAAGAUGAAUAUUAUGGUGAAGAACUAAGUAUAACAAAUGAUUCUGCAACUUGGCCCGAGAUAAUUAGUCAACAAAUAAGAGACUAUUUAGUUAAGAAAGGACCACUAAAAAUUCUUUCCGAUGAUUUUCCCUCAAUGUUAAAAUGUACAAAUCUUCAAAAACGACUGUCUGCUGAACAAACAAUCGAUAAAGUGCAGCAAAAGUUGCUCAAUCAAGAGAAAAUUCGUUGUUAUAAAAUUUUUAAAAGACUAUUUUCUGUGGUUCAGUUUUUAGCUGAGCGCAAUAUAGCAUUUCGAGGAUCUGUUGAAAAACUAGGUGAUGCAAGAAAUGGAAAUUUUAUAGCUGAAUUUAACAAAUUUUUUACAACAAUUGGAACUAAACUAGCAAACAGUAUUCCGUAUACCGACGAUAAAUCAGCUGAUUUCCAAACAUCAACUUCAUCAAGUUUUCACUUUACUGAGUUAACUUAUGAUGAAUUUGAAAUUGACUUUAGUUCAUUAAAAAGAAAUAAAACAACUGGGUAUGAUGAUAUUAAUGUGAAUAUUAUAAUAGACUUUUGUGAUGUUAUAAAACACAUUAUUUUUAAAAUCUUUCGAGCAUCCAUCAGUCAAGGAAUGUUUCCAGAUUGCAGUAAAAUUCGAAAUAAAAUUAUAGAGCGAAUAAAAAAAGGAAAGUAUUUUGCUACUAUUCUUGGCUGUACUCCAGACAUUAGUCAUAAAGAACAAAUACAAAUACAAAUAGUAUCUUUUAGCCUUAGAUAUGUUUUAGACGGUACACUACCAGGUUCAAGUGCCAAUUUAUAUGAACAGUUUAUUAAAUUUAUACAUAUAGAGAUCAGUACAGGAGAAAACCUAUUUUCUGUGUUGAAACAAGAAAUUCAAUCUUUAGGACUGAAGAUUAAUGACAUUCGUUGGCAAGGCUAUGACAACGGUUCUAACAUAAAGGGAAAGUUUUCAGGGGUUCAGGCUAGAUUGCUAAAAGAAAAUUCAAGAGCAUUUUUUACACCUUGUACAUGCCAUAGUUACAAUCUCCUAUUGGGAGAUGUAGCCAAAAUUCGCCCAGAAGCUAUAACAUUUUUCGAUAUUCUUCAACGCCUGUAUGUUUUAUUUUCGACAUCUACAAAAAGAUGGUCGGUGCUUUUCAAAUAUGUGAAUGAGCUUACUGUGAAUCCAACUUUAUCUGAAACCUCCGAAAAUCCACAAAUCGAAAUUGAAGCUGAAUCACUUGGAAACUUAAUGAAAGAUUAUAAGUUUUUAGUUACUCUGGAUUUUUGGUAUGACCUACUCUUCCAAAUAAACUUUGUAAGUAAAAAACUUCAAUGUAAAUCAUUAAACCUAUCAACAGCUCUUAGCUUAUUUGAAAAACUUUUAAGUUGGUUGAUUAAUUGCAGAAACAUUGGAUUUGAGCACAGUCAAGAAAAAGUACAGCGUCGUGCAACUAAACUAAUACCUCAAAUCAGUAAAUUAUGCUAUGAAGAUCGACUUGCUUAUCUUAAAAUACCCUCACUUAUUAAAAGAAGACAACGAGGAGACAUUAUACAACUAUAUAGAAUUUUCAAAGGUUAUGAUAAAGUUGAAUUUAAAGAAAUUUAUUUAUUUAAAUCAAGUUGUACUCGUGGCCAUAACCUGAAAUAUUCUAAAGAAUUUUCAGUACAUAAGUGUAGAGAAAAUAUUUUGCUUAAUCGAGCUGCAAAUUAUUGA